AUGGCCCCUGACAAGGUAAACAACAGUGAUAAACCAUCUACAUCUGCGUCAAGCCUCAGGGAGCAUCUUUCACAUAAUCACAGAAAGAUCAUGACAAUCCUCAUAACAGGUGGAACAGGAAAAACCGGUCUCGCUUUGGCAGGACUCCUCCAUGACUCGGGCUAUUCUUUCCUCAUCACUUCUCGCAAGGGCACAGCGCCAGCGCCCUACAAGGCAAUAAAAUUUGACUGGUUUAAGCCGGAAACCUUCGAAGCACCCUUCCAAUCCGAUUCCAAUAUCGAUAAAGUGUUCCUUAUCGACCCACCAGCAUUCGACAUCUUUCCACGCGUAAAACCCUUCAUUGAUAUCGCUUUAUCGAGAGGGGUCAAAAGGUUUGUUGGGCUUACGACAACACAAACCAACCCCAAAGAUGUACCACUUGGAAAGGUGCAUCAGUACCUACUAGAUCUUGGAGUUGACUAUGCUAUUCUUAGGCCAACGUGGUUCAUUGAGAACUUUGGAACGGAUCUACAGCCAAGUAUCAGAGACGACGACGAGAUAGCAUCAUCAGGAGAAGACGGAAAAGUACCCUUUGUCUCGGUCAAAGAUAUUGCUGCUGCUGCUUUUAUAGCACUAACAGCUGAGGAAAGCCUCAAUAAGGAUAUUUUUGUUAUUGGACCAAAUCUUUAUUCAUAUGACGAGGCAUGUAUAAGCCUUCUUGAUGAUACCCUGGGUCGACUGACGUGGAGAAAUUCUUUGCGAACGGUUGAGGAGCAGACAGAGAUGUUCCAACAGUUUCUCAGUCCAGAGUACGCCGCCCAUCUCGCUCGCGUGGAACACUUGAUUGCAGACGGAGGAGAAGAGAAAUUCUUCUACGAGAGUGAAGAUCGGAAGUAUGUGGGGAAGCAUACUUUAGCGGAAUACAUUGAGAGUAAUCGUGCGCUAUGGAUGAAGUGA